CCUUCAGCCCUCUUGCUCUCUAUAUAAACACAACACUAAGCUCAUAUUAGGCUCUGUCUGACGUCUCUCCCUCUCUCUCGCUCGCUCUCUCUCUCUCUCUCUCCCUCCCUCCCUCUUUCUCAUAUAUACUCCACAGACACCCAUUGAAGCGAAAUUCGAAGGGGAGAAGAAUCCUUAGAGAAAGAGCCAUCCAGGAUUCGGACACCUUGUAUUGGGCACAAUGGAGGGGGGUCAUUCAAAAGCCGAUAAGACGGAGUUCACAGAAUGUUGGCGGACGACUUGGAAGACGCCAUACAUCAUGAGACUCGCCCUCUCUGCUGGGAUCGGAGGGCUACUCUUCGGAUACGAUACAGGUGUUAUCUCCGGUGCACUACUGUACAUUCGGGAGGACUUCCAACAGGUUGAUAAGAAGACAUGGCUACAGGAAACUAUUGUGAGUAUGGCAGUUGCGGGAGCCAUCAUCGGAGCUGGAGUUGGAGGGUGGAUGAACGACAGGUUUGGGCGGAAAAUGUCAAUCUUGUCAGCCGAUGUAGUUUUCUUCAUUGGCGCUAUAGUCAUGGCAAUUGCCCCAGCACCAUGGGUGAUCAUCGUCGGGAGAAUACUUGUCGGCUUAGGUGUCGGGAUGGCCUCGAUGACUGCACCUCUCUAUAUCUCAGAGGCUUCUCCUGCGAGGAUCCGUGGUGCUCUUGUCAGCACGAAUGGAUUCCUCAUCACAGGAGGACAGUUCUUGUCUUACCUUAUCAAUCUUGCCUUCGUUCAUGUGAAAGGCACUUGGCGUUGGAUGCUUGGGGUAGCAGGGCUUCCUGCCUUGAUUCAGUUCGUUCUAAUGAUAUUUCUCCCCGAGUCUCCUCGGUGGCUCUAUAGAAAGGAUAGGAAAGAGGAAGCAAGGGCAAUCUUGGAGAAAAUCUACCCACCACACGAGGUAGAGGAAGAGAUGAGGGCCCUGGAAGAGUCGGUUGAAGCUGAGAAGGCCGAUGAGAGUGCUGUUGGGGAAAGCAUGGUUGCAAAGGUGAAGGGGGCAUUCAGCAACCCAAUGGUGCGCAGGGCACUCUACGCGGGUAUCGCAGUACAGGUGGCCCAGCAGUUUGUGGGCAUCAACACCGUCAUGUACUACAGCCCAACAAUAGUCCAGUUUGCCGGCUUUGCAUCCAACAAGACAGCACUGGCCCUCUCCCUCAUCACCUCAGGCCUCAACGCCAUUGGGUCCAUUGUGAGCAUGUGCUUCGUGGAUCGAUUUGGGAGGAGGAGGCUCAUGAUCAUAUCAAUGUUUGGGAUUAUCACCUGCCUUGUGGUCUUAUCAGGCGUGUUCUGGCAGGCUUCCGAGCAUGCCCCUAAGAUCAGUAAUGUCGAGUCUCUCCACUUUGGAGGCAACUCUACCUGCUCAGCUUAUGCAACUGCUGUGGAUGCAUCGUCAUGGAACUGCAUGUCAUGCUUAGAGGCAAAGUGUUCAUUCUGCGCCAAUGGAGCAAGUGAGUACCAACCGGGAGCUUGCCUCGCUUCGUCAAAGGACAUAAGGUCCAUGUGCAGAGGGGAGCACCGGACAUACUUUGAGAAUGGGUGCCCCAGCAAGUUUGGAUUCCUCGCAGUGGUCCUCCUUGGCCUCUACAUCGUCUCAUAUUCUCCUGGUAUGGGGACUGCGCCGUGGAUUGUCAACUCGGAGAUUUACCCUCUCAGAUACAGAGGAACCGGGGGAGGGAUCGCUGCAGUCUCCAACUGGUGCUCGAACCUGAUCGUGAGCGAGACCUUCCUCACCCUAACAGAGGCUCUGGGCUCUGCGGGCACCUUCCUCCUAUUCGCUGGCUUCUCGCUCCUUGGGCUCAUCGCGAUCUACUUCCUGGUGCCAGAGACAAAGGGUCUUCAGAUCGAGGAGGUCGAGAAGGUGCUGCAAGAAGGGUACAAGCCCAAACUUUUCAGGGGGAAGAAAAACGCCAAGGGUGUAAAUGCUGCUUGAUAGUCUAUUGCUAUUUUAAUCAAAGGGACCCAACUGGUAAAUGGAUUGUUUUGUCCUUCGAGUUUGAUUUGUUUCUUGGCUGCAUAGAAUAACUGCCGGAGAGCUGCUUAAGCUUGUCCAUUUUCGGCUUUCCGGUACAAUUUUUUUUUAACAAACUCUUAACGGCAAACUUUCUGGAACGGAAACCUAGUGUGCGUGUAUAUAUAUAUAUAUAUAUAUGUAUAUAUAUUCUUUUUGGGAUA